GCGGGGCGGGAAAGGCGCGGGACUUGACGGUGCCGUGGGCGCCGCAGCAAACAUGAAGGUCAUCACCUGUGAAAUAGCAUGGCAUAAUAAGGAGCCUGUUUACAGCUUAGACUUCCAACAUGGAGCUGAUGGGAAGAUCAAUCGGCUGGCCUCAGCGGGUGUGGACACAGCUGUUCGCAUAUGGAAAGUGGAAAAAGGGCCAGAUGGAAAAGCAAUUGUGGAAUUCUUGUCCAACCUCGCCCGCCAUACCAAAGCAGUAAAUGUUGUGCGCUUCUCUCCAAGUGGUGAGAUCCUAGCAUCUGGGGGAGAUGAUGCUGUUAUUUUAUUGUGGAAGCUGAAUGAUAGCAAAGAAUCAGAACCAUUAGUUUUUCAGGAUGAAGAUGAAGCUCAGCUCAACAAGGAGAACUGGACGGUUGUUAAGACUUUAAGGGGCCACUUAGAAGAUGUGUAUGAUAUUUGUUGGAACUCAGAUGGAAAUUACAUGGCAUCUGCUUCUGUAGAUAAUACAGCUAUAAUGUGGGAUGUCAAUAAAGGACAGAAGGUUUCAAUAUUAAAUGAACACAAGAGUUAUGUCCAAGGAAUAACCUGGGAUCCUCUAGGCCAGUACGUUGCAACUCUGAGUUGUGAUAGGGUCCUGCGGGUAUAUAACACGCAAACCAAGCGCGUAGCAUUCAAUGUUACCAAGAUGCCAUCUGGAUCAGGAGCUGAAGGAGAGUCUAGGAGCUAUCGGAUAUUUCAUGAUGACAGCAUGAAGUCAUUUUUCCGCAGGCUCAGUUUUACUCCUGAUGGCUCCUAUUUACUUACUCCAGCUGGCUGUGUUGAAUCUGGAGAAAAUGUAACAAACACCACAUACGUCUUCUCCAGAAACAAUCUUAAAAGGCCUGUGGGUCACCUGCCAUGUCCUGGAAAGGCAACUCUUGCUGUUCGCUGCUGCCCAGUCUACUUUGAGUUGAGACAAGCAUUCAGUAAAGAUGAAAUAAGUCAGAAAUCAACUCCUGCUCUAUUUAAUAUGCCCUAUCGAUUGGUGUUUGCUGUUGCUUCAGAAGAUUCUGUGCUUUUUUAUGAUACUGAGCAGUCCUUCCCCUUUGGUUAUGUUUCUAACAUACAUUAUCACACCCUGAGUGACAUUUCAUGGUCCAGCGAUGGAGCCUUUCUUGCUAUUUCUUCCACGGAUGGCUACUGUUCAUUUGUUACCUUUGAGAAGGAUGAACUGGGAAUACCACUGAAGGAGAAGCCACAGAUAAAUGUGAGGACUCCUAGUGCAGCAGAGAAAAAAGUGAAAAAGAGCCAGUCGCACAAAGCCAUUUCCCCAGGCUCUAGGCUGACAGAGGGGACUUCUCCCAGCAGGGUCGCUGAUCCCAGCACUCCAGCGCUGCAACCUAGAACACCCACAGCUGCCGGUAAGGACUUUCCUUCCACACCUGUUGGCAUAAAAAAUGUUCCAGUCUCAUCCUCAGAUGAGAGGAAAAUCAGCCAGCCAGCCAGCCAGAGCACUAAAGUAAACCAGCCCAGGAGGAUUACUCUCAACACUUUACAAGCAUGGAGCAAGACGUCAAGGAGAGUAAACUUGAUUCCACUGAAGCCAGAUACACCAACCCCUGCGCUUACAGAUACAGUUCCUAUACCUUCCUCAGAACGGGAGUGUGAGAGGCCGUUACCAUCUGACGACAGUCUCCAAAAUCCCCCAGCAUCUAAACGCCCUAGAACUGAGGAAGUGUCUCUUCCUGCAUCUGCUGAAGAUCAAAUCAGCUGCGAUUCAAACAAAUAAACGCUAAGCUUUCAGUAGACUUUUCUCAGAUAUGGCUACAUUGCCUUUAGACUGUGAGUGCCUUUCUUUUCACAGACAUUAAGGCCUCAAUUCCUGAUAAAAGUGCCAUAUGCAUAUUUGAUGUAGUGCUGUGAAGAAAGAAGCUGGCAGUAGAAGACCCAGGUUUCACUAAUGUGGCUUUGCAGAGGAAGAAGUAUUUAUGAAGGAACUUAUAAGUCAUGUCUACUUCUUGAAGGCGGCAUUCUUCAAGAAAUGCCACAGCUUAAGGAAAAUGGGAAAAUCGGAUAUUGAGAAGUUAUACAGUAAACUAAGAGUCUCCAUCAUAGUCCCUGAUUUGGUGGUUAUAAAGUAUCAUGUCUUCCAGCAACCCAUCUGGCUCAAAAAUAGAAUUUCUAAGAACUUAAGUGCACUCGUAAUGUUUUGAUGUGGUUUAAGACAAAAAAACAAAAUCCAACAACAAACACACAUGCACUCCAGUUAAAUUCAAGCAUCUUGGAUUACAUGUUUAGCAUUGUGCAAAGUAAUUCAUGCUGUCCAGUUCAUGUGGAGUGGGAGUUGAUGUUUCCAUGAUCUGAAUGCAGCAACACACAAUAUGACUGCUGUGAUUUAAACAGAAGUCAGGACUUGUAACUGCAAGAAACAAGAAAGCAAAAAGAAGAAGCUGUCUGAAGGCCUAUUAUAAGCAUUAAAGAGCAGGAGAAGUUUCUUAACCGUUUAGUUUCUGCAUUUAAAAAAAAAAAAUUAAAAAAUGCAGACAUGAGAUUUUUCUGAGGCAGCAGGAUUUGAGCUCAUACAUUUAAAGUUUCCCCCUCUUUAUUUUUCCAAAUCUUAGAUCCCUUAGGCGAUAAAAUAUAAAUUUAGUGCAUAGUAAACUUGCAAAAGUUAAUUUCUUUUUAGCAUUUAAUACUUGCUAUAUAAUUGAACUAAGACAUGCAGAUUGAAAACGAGACCAAAAUAUUUGAAAACCUAGAAGUUUUAAAUGGAAUUUUCUUUUAUGAUUUAGCCUACUCUUCUAUCAUUUGAAGUUCCAUGACACACAGGAGGGAAAAAAUGAAUUCAAAUUAAAGCUCUUUGACUUUCUACACUGGAUUGGUUGGUUUUGAGGUGUGUAAUUCACUUGGUAUUUGUUUUCUGGAAGUUUCUAAAAAAGUGGACUAAUACUUUAGAAAAGCAGUAAUACAAAUGUUUCAGAAAUUAUUCAUGAAACUAUUAUAAGAAGGUAAUAUUGAAAAAUAGGUAGGUCAGAGCGUUUCAAACAAAUUAGGUACCUUGCCUACAGUUCAACUGCAACAGAAACUGAUAGGCAAGGAGUUGUAGGAAGUUAACUGUAUCCUUGCUUUCAACCACUGAGAUGAGAAUGGAGCUUCAUUAGACUCGCCUAAACCUGGAUUUUCUUCUAGAAAGGAAAAUAAAGACUUAGUUAUCAAGCAAGGCCACAUCUAAAACUGUUUUCCCCACAAAGUUUAUAGAAAUAUCUAAAUUAAGUUUCUAGAGCUAUCUGAAUUGAUAAUCAAAGCAGGUAUCUGUAACUACCAUGCGUUGCUGAACUUGCUAUUUUAUGUGUUGUCCAGUUUAAGUUAAGAAUACUGGUAUUUCAUCUUUCUGUAGGACAGUAGCCCACUCAGUAUAGUACUGCAGUCUCAUUUUUUGCACUGCAAAAGAUCCUUUGAAUUAAAAGGAUUUCACUUCUAAAUUCAAAUUGCAAAACUAUUCUGAUAGGUGUUUUUAAUUAUCUCUUUCCCCUCCCAUUCCCCCCCAGUAUAUUUCAGUGUGAGCUAUUCUUUCUGUUAAAAACUAGUAGGUUAGGUGUAUUAUUUUAGUGUUAUUGGCUUAUCUGAUCGCUGUGGUCUUCAGUCUUCAGCUACAAUUGCCAGAGUAUUCAUCUUUAUUUCAUACUAUAACUAUUCAGGUGACAUCCACAUUUGUUUAUAUGGUUGCUCAGCUUAUUUUUACUCCGCCUUGCAAUCUAAUUGGAUCUGUAAACUUAAUGUGGCUUCCACUGCUUCCAUCUGAAGAUCACGUCCACAUUAUGAUAUCUGUCAGAAUGGUCCACCUGGCAUUUUGUCUUCCCUAACGGGACUUUUUUUUCCCCACUUUAGUUCUAGUUGUCUGUGCUGCUACGAUUUCCUACUUCUGUGUUUAUUAUGUUGCUUACUGCUUUGUUGUUAUUUUAUACAUCAAUGGGUUUUUAACCUUUUUCUAUGAAUGGAUGCUGUUAUUCAUAUAAUAAAUUACUAUUUCUAACACUGUGACAGUCAGAACUGUAGAUUCCUGGGUUCUGUGGUGCCUGUUUCUGACUCCAAGAGGAUGUCCUUGCAUAACAUUCAUACUUAAGGCAUUGAAAACUUUCCUCAUGCUGUUUAUAGAAAGCAUGUUCAUGUUUUGUUCUCGGUCAUGCACUAGAGACUGCUCCAGGACAGAAUAUGCCUGCUGCUAUUUCAUUUAUUUUUUGACUGCUUCCUAAGGCGAUUUAUUCCAUAGAUGUAAUUCUUUCAAGGAUGCUCUUCAGUCCAACUUUGACUUAAAUGUUAUUUUUACUUGGCCAACUAAAUUGUUUGUACUUCAAAUGGAACCUGAGUUCAUAUUCCAUCUGAGAAUGUGGUGUAGAUGUCAUCUUUUUAGGUCACAUGUGCCUUCUGUAGGGAUCUUAUCCACUCCAAGAUUACCCUGCUUGUACUACCUUCAUAAGAUAACUUUAUAGAAAAAUGCCCUAUCUACAUCUUUUAGCUUCGCAGCAGUAAGAAAAGGGAACGCAACUCCUAGAAUUAACUUCCGUAAGAGUCAGAAAAUGACUUAUCUCAGGGAACCAUGGAGCUCUUCAUUUGGGAUGGCCAAACCCUGCUCCCAUUGGCGCACUUGAUACCAGUGUGUAUCAAUGUCCCACAGGUCGUGUCCCUUUUUUCAUAAGUUCACUGAAGCAUUGAAAAAGCUCAGACUUAAAAAGCACAAAGCAUGAGACUUCUUUGUAAAAAGAAAGUGCAGAGCGUCCACUGGAUGUCACUCUUCUAACAAGAUUCCUUCUCCAGGGCUAGGGAGAAAAAGUGCUACCAGCAGCAGGAAGGGGGAAGAAAACACAUUUUCUUUUUAAAAGCAGUUUGUAGGUGGAUCUAUGUAUCAAAUGCACGUUAUCAUCCAAUAAACUGUUUCUUAUUUUUACAAGCUGCUUUCUAAGAAGAAAGGAUUUACUUUCUUAUGAAUUACGUUUUAUAAAUUACUAAGGAAGCUAAGUCCAUAAUAUGAUAGCAUUUCUCUGCUGGGAGAUAUAAAAUGGUAAACUUGAAAUGCCACUUGCAGCCCCAAACUUUCCAAGAAUAUCUAUCUUAAGCAUCAUUUCUGUUGAAAACUCUUUGAAGAGGGAGUGAGAGAGAGAGAUCGAAGGCAUGUGGACCAUCUGGUUAGUAUACCCUCUCGCUUCAGCCACCUUUUGGUUGUCUUGCCGUGAGUUCCCGAGUUGUGAUGUUGUGGGUACACAAAGUAUUUUAUCCUCCAGGAGCUGCUGCUGCCACCGCCAGCACUAGCACCUACACUCUGGGUGGAAGCUGGCAAAAAAGAGAAAACUUUACAUGCCCCACCCAUAAAUCAAAAACCAGUUAAUCAUGUGUGUUUGUACAACAAUACCAUCUUAUCUGUCUUAAUCUGUAUUUAAAAAGUCACAUGGCCAUGUUAGAUGUCUUCUAGCCCAUUAAAGGGGAAUCAAAGAUGAGGACAGAGUCACAGAAAGCUACUAGUGAUCAGGAGAGAGUGGCCAUGAAGAGUGACUGGUGUAACGGCAAUAUGUAAGCAAUCCUCACACAUGAAAUGUGUUCUGUGUGAAAGAGCAAAGAGUACAACUCCUUAUGUCCUAAUUUCUUAUUCCUGUCUGGAAAGGCACUUCUUGCUGCUUCCACCAUGUGUCAGGCUGGUGCUGCCCAGUCAAUGGUCUCUUUUUCUGUUGGAGUUAUUGCUAGUUAAAAUCAUGAGGAUCUCUUGCCCGUCAACAAAAACGUAUAUGGAUGUGCUACUUU